UAACUUAUUAUAACGAAACCCUAGCUGUACCUUACCUCCAUUUCACUUGUUCUUCAAUCUUCUUUCACCCCCCGCCGUUUCUGCUUAUUCAACCAACCCAAAACAAUGGCAUCAGAGAGGAAACAAGCGAACCCAAUGAGGGAAAUAAAAGUACAGAAACUUGUUCUCAACAUUUCAGUUGGUGAGAGUGGAGAUCGUCUGACCCGUGCCGCCAAGGUCUUGGAGCAACUCAGUGGUCAAUCCCCUGUUUUCUCCAAAGCAAGGUACACUGUGAGGUCUUUUGGUAUCAGGCGUAAUGAGAAGAUUGCAUGUUAUGUAACUGUUAGAGGAGACAAGGCUAUGCAGCUGUUGGAGAGUGGUUUGAAGGUCAAGGAAUACGAGUUGUUGAGGCGCAACUUUAGUGACACUGGAUGUUUCGGGUUUGGUAUUCAGGAGCACAUUGAUCUUGGAAUCAAGUAUGAUCCUUCCACUGGUAUCUAUGGUAUGGAUUUCUUUGUGGUUCUUGAACGUCCCGGUUACCGUGUUGGGCGUCGCCGUAGGUGCAAGGCACGUGUUGGGAUCCAACACAGAGUGACCAAGGAUGAUGCCAUGAAAUGGUUUCAAGUGAAAUAUGAGGGUGUUAUUCUCAACAAAUCUCAACAGAUUGGAGCUUAGAUUUAUUUCUUUUUGUAAAAUUUUGGAGUUCAGUUUUUAAGAUUUUACUAUCAAGGAUCUUCAAAUGUUGUGCUGUUUUGGAUUUCAGGGUGUUAGUGCCAGUGUUAUUUCUAAA